CAGCUGGGCUCUCUUGGCAGUCACCAUGAGGGCGCUGCUCCUGCUCUGCUGCUUCCUGGCCUCACUUCUGCUCUCUGGACAAGCAGAACUGCAAGUCCCUGCUUCGGGUGGCACAGAAGAUGUUGGCAAUUUGUUGGAGAAUCAUUUCUCUGCUGGAGAUGCAAGUCUAGAGGAGAAAGAAAGGGCGGUUUAUGCAGAUGCGGCCCCUGGAGACAAGAAUCUGCUCCUUCACUACCCAGACAGCAGGGAGGCUGAGAGCUUGGAGCAGACCACCGCUGGGGUCCCUCCUGCUGCCACCGGCCUGGGCUCUGAGUCUGAAGCCAGCCUCUCCAAUGCCUCAGCUACAGAGUCAGCUCCAUCUGGGGGUGCUGCAGAGCCUGGGGAGGGAGAGGAGGUCUCACCAGCAGCAGGUGCCCUUCUUCCAGGAGGGGACAAGGGGCCCAUGGAAGAAGGGAGGCCAGAGCUCAGUUCCAGAGAGGAACCAGGAGAGGAGGAGGCUGAGAUGGAGCUCUCUAUGAAGGGGGCUGCCAGUGGGGAGGCAGAAGUACAGGUGGAGAAUAGUGAGGGGGAAGUCAAGGUUGUUGUAGGAGACAGCCUUGUACAGGCAGCAGCAGCCAUAGCAGAGCCUGAAACCAUAGGAGCCUCUCCUAGUUUAGAGGGUGAAGAGGUCCAUGCCCCAGAGGUGGAAGGUAAGGACAGCUCAGGACCUGAUCACCAGCCAGCAGAGCUAGAUGGAAUCCAGGAUGCUGGCAGAGUAUCUGCAGAAGAGUCAGAGACUGCCAGUGAUGCAGAAGCUGGGAAGGUAGCUGAGGACCAGUCCCAGUCCCAGGCCCACACCCCAGAGACAGAAGACAAAGGCAGCCCAGAGUCUAAUCACCAGCACUCAGAGCUAGAUGGAACCCCUGAGGCCAUGUCUGCAGGAGUAGAGUCAGAGGCUGAGAUAGAUACAGAAACCGAGGAGAGGGCUGAGGACCAAGGGGAGUCCAGCCCCAGCCAGGAGGCUGGCCUAUCCCCAGAAGCCAGUGAAGAGUCUGGGGGUACACAGAGCUCUGGGGCUAAGGAGACUGAGGAGGAGAACCCAUCCAAGGGCCAGGUGCCAGGGAUGCCUGAGGAGGACCCGGAUGACACCUCCUCCUCUGAAGAGGAGGGUGAAGAAGGCGAAAGUGAGGAGGAAGAAGGAGUUCUAGAUAAAGAAGAGUCUGGAGAAGACAGCGGUGAUGGGGCUAGCUCAGAAGAAGAAGAGGGUACUCCUGAGGAGGCUGGGGAGCCCCAGGAAGCAUCAAGAACCACAGGCCCUAGGGAGAAAGGGGCCCAGCUCAGCACAGAGGAUUUGAAUACAAGGUCCAGGGAUGGCAAGGCCCAGGACACUGAGGCAGAGGAGCCUGAAGAGGGACAUCAGGGGACGGGGAAUCCUGUAAUUGCUGCUCAGGAAGAGACGGAUGAUGUGAGUGAAGAAGCCCCAAUGAGGGACCGCUCCCACAUUGAGAAAACUCUGAUGCUGAGUGAGGACAAGCCAUCUGAUGAUUACUCCGCGGUGCUGCAGCGGCUGCGGAAGAUCUACCAUGCAUCCAUCAAGCCCUUGGAGCAGUCUUACAAGUACAACGAGCUUCGGCAGCAUGAAAUCACAGAUGGGGAGAUUACUUCCAAACCAAUGGUGCUGUUCCUGGGACCGUGGAGUGUUGGCAAGUCCACCAUGAUAAACUACCUCCUUGGAUUGGAAAACACUCGCUACCAGCUCUAUACAGGUGCUGAGCCCACCACCUCUGAGUUCACGGUCCUCAUGCACGGGCCCAAGCUGAAAACCAUCGAGGGCAUUGUCAUGGCUGCCGACAGUGCCCGAUCCUUCUCACCCCUGGAGAAGUUUGGCCAGAAUUUCCUGGAGAAGCUAAUUGGCAUUGAGGUUCCCCACAAACUUCUGGAGCGGGUCACUUUUGUGGAUACACCAGGCAUUAUUGAGAACCGCAAACAGCAAGAGAGAGGCUACCCCUUCAAUGAUGUGUGCCAGUGGUUCAUUGACAGAGCCGACCUCAUCUUUGUCGUCUUUGACCCCACCAAGCUAGACGUGGGUCUGGAGCUGGAGAUGCUCUUCCGUCAGCUGAAGGGACGUGAGUCCCAGAUAAGGAUCAUCCUGAACAAGGCUGACAACCUGGCCACCCAAAUGCUCAUGCGGGUGUAUGGGGCCCUUUUCUGGAGCUUGGCUCCUCUCAUCAAUGUCACAGAGCCCCCUCGGGUUUACGUCAGCUCCUUCUGGCCACAAGACUAUAAACCCGACACUCACUGGGAACUGUUCCUCAAAGAAGAGAUCUCGCUCCUGGAAGACCUGAACCAGGUGAUCGAGAACAGGUUGGAGAACAAGAUCGCAUUCAUCCGUCAGCAUGCCAUCCGGGUCCGUAUUCACGCCCUCUUGGUUGACCGCUACCUGCAGACUUACAGGGAAAAAAUGACCUUCUUCAGUGAUGGAGAACUGGUCUUUAAGGACAUUGUGGAAGAUCCUGAUAAAUUCUACAUCUUCAAGACCAUCCUGGCAAAGACCAAUGUCAGCAAAUUUGACCUUCCCAACCGUGAGGCCUACAAGGACUUCUUUGGCAUCAACCCCAUUUCCAAUUUCAAACUCCUCUCUCAACAGUGCUCUUACAUGGGAGGUUGUUUUCUGGAGAAGAUUGAGCGGGCCAUCACUCAGGAGCUUCCCAGCCUCCUGGGUAGUCUUGGGCUUGGGAAGAAUCCAGGUGCUUCCAACUGUGACAAAACAGGGUGUGGCGAGACCCCAAAGAAUCGCUACAAGAAGCACUAGGUUGGGUAUAGCCUUUCUUUCUCGGGUCCCUGUUGAUGAAUGAGCUUGUGUCCUAAAUGUCUGAGAAGUCCUGGUUUAUUAACCCUUUGAGCCACACUGGUGAGGAUCAGUGUACAUUGGAGAAUUGGGAAUUCAUUGAGGUUGGUGGUGGGGGCAGGUGCAUGGAUCUGGGGAGGAGAGUGGAAACUGUGAAUUAUAGUGUGCUUGUCAUAUUGCUUCAGUGAGGAGGCCUGGGUGAGGCACCCAGGCUUCCUUUGCUUUUCCUGGGUUCUGUCUUGGAGGGACAGAGAGCAGCUAAACUGUAGUGCAUAUUAAUUCAUGAAGGUCAAAUAAGCUCUAUGCAGCUGAAAUUCCUUUUUCCCUGGUAAGCUAGGUGAAUAGUGUAACCUGAGUAAUGGAGCUCUCAAGUCUGUGUCACCUCCUUCCACACAUAGUCUUGUUGUUCCCCAUCCCUCCUAUGCUCUUUCCCAGGCCGAGUCCUUUCAGCAGUGGACAGUCUCUUGGGUUUAAAUCUACCAGGGUUUUGAGCCCAUCCCUGGAAACUCUUGUUUCCCCAAAAGGUGAAGCAGUGGCUUGCCCACCAGCACACUGGAAGAGGAUAAGAGUUCCCAGGUGAGGGUGACGUUCUUCCUCCCCAAGUGCCAUUUCUGUGAUGUCUCAGCUGGGGAGCUUAGAUACUUCACCAGCCCCAAGAGUAAGGUGUAUUCGGGUAAUUCCCUUCUUAAAACUGAUUUACAUGAAGGUACUAGAAGGGCUCAGGGGGUUAGUUGGUUUGCAGUGUGUCUUUGUCUAUUGCAUGUCUUGGAAAAUUCAGAUCUCAAAGGCGCUGGGUUCAGAGAGGACAACGGAGGCCUUGUCUCUUGUCCCUGGGGACAUCUCUGAAUAGCCAGCCUCUCCCAAGUUUAGCUAUUUCCACAACUUCUCUGUGGAAGCACUUGGCAGAGGAGUUGCCCUUUCCAGUUCCCAUUACCAUGGCUUUUCCUUUCCUUUCCAUUCCCUGAUGCACCAACACUUAAAACUCAAGAAAAUUUUCCUAGGAUCAGAACCAGUCUCAGUCACUCGGUGUUGGUGGCAACCAAAGCCUAAGGCUCAUCCCACCUGUGUGUGAUGCAGACAUCUGCUAAAUGCACCACAGGAAAAUCAGGGCCUUCAAACACCAGUGGGUGUGAAUUUAUGUGGACAUCACCAGAGAGAGAGAUUGGGGAGAUGACAUACCCAAGGGCACAAAGAAAGGACUCAUCGAGAGUCCUGCAAGGCCAGCGUACACUGCCACCUUGGAGGGGUGUGGACAUGAACAGCCUUCUGAUGGAGCAUGCAAGAUGAAGUCUCUGUGCAUCCAGAAGAGGCCAGGGCUACCUCAAGGGACUCCUUUCAGCACAGCUGGCAGCUCCUUUUGGAAGUAAGCUGUCUUGGAGGCCUUGACUUGGUCUUAGUAUCCACCAGCACCAGAAAGUAAUCUAGACCAGAGGGAAAGCGGAGAGAAGGCUAAGCCAGACUUACUUCCUCUGAGGAUCAGUUAGUAUACACGGACUGGUGACCAGUGGGGUUCACAUGGACAACCACAACUUAGGAGUUCGCGUUUCUCAGAAUUCUUAGCUGUCCAGUGGCUGCUACAAGGGAGACUGCUGCUUUGGGGUCUGUGUAGGGUCUGGUAUCUCCCAACACAGAGCCAGAGGCCUCAAAGCUGCCAGGACACUGUUUCCAACGAGCAAGUCAACAGGAAAAGAAAAGUGAGUUCGGUAAGGGCCCAUCCAUGAUGCCUAGUGGCCAGGGCAGAUGUGCUGCAAUCUGUCUUGGACUUUUCUUCUCAUUAAAACAAACAAAAAUUCCCUAGCCCCUUCCUCCUUCUCCAUCGCUUGCCCUUUUGGGAGACUGUCCUUCCCACCUUUCUUCUUCGUGCUCCUCAUGCCUUUGGGCUGCUUUUGGUGUAUUUUUUUCUCAAUGCAGUCAGGGAAAUAAAAAAUGUGGAACUGUAUGGGCCUUGUCAUAGCUUUGGGGGAAGCAGGUGGAAUGAGGCUAAUAAAUUCAAGCAAUAUUUGUAUUUUGGGGAGUGCACCUUGUUAGUUUGCCCCCUCUGGAUUUUUCCUUUCUCCAUUUCUUUUCUUUUUCUCUCUUCGUUCUGUUCUUCUUCUCACAUGCUGACUAACCUUUCCUAUACUGUCCGUAGGCCUAUUGAUCUCUCAGCACAGGUUCUCGGACCUUUUCUCUGCCCAGCUCUGUGCAGAUGGAUUUCAAGCAGAAUUCUGAGUCUUUGGGACAGGGGGCUGGGAACUAGAGAUUCCCCAAAAGGAGUACCUUUGAAUGUCUGUGCCAGAUCAGUAGCUGACCCUUUCCAGUGUUCUUUCCAUUCUGAUUUCAGCAGGAAGAACGUCUCAAUAAAGUUCCAGUCUCUCUUUAA